AUGGCGGGAGCCGCUCCGACCACGGCGUUUGGGCAGGCGGUGAUCGGUCCGCCGGGCUCGGGGAAGACCACAUACUGUCUGGGCAUGAGCGAGUUCCUGCGUGCGCUGGGCCGGCACGUGGCGGUGGUGAACCUGGACCCUGCCAACGAGGGGCUGCCUUACGAGUGCGCCGUGGACGUGGGCGAGCUGGUGGGUCUGGGCGACGUGAUGGACGCGCUGCAGCUGGGCCCCAACGGCGGUCUGCUCUACUGCAUGGAGUACCUGGAGGCCAACCUGGACUGGCUGCGUGCCAAGCUCGACCCCCUGCGCGGCCACUACUUCCUCUUCGACUGCCCUGGCCAAGUGGAGCUCUGCACGCACCACGGAGCCUUGCGCAGCAUCUUCUCCCAGAUGACGCAGUGGGAUCUCAGGCUGACUGCUGUUCACCUGGUGGAUUCUCACUAUUGCACAGACCCUGCCAAGUUCAUUUCGGUACUGUGUACUUCCCUGGCCACCAUGCUGCAUGUGGAGCUGCCCCACGUCAACCUCCUCUCCAAGAUGGACCUCAUCGAACACUAUGGGAAGCUGGCCUUCAACCUGGACUACUACACAGAGGUCCUGGACCUCUCCUACCUGCUGGACCAUCUUGCUUCGGAUCCUUUCUUCCGCCACUACCGGCAGCUCAAUGAGAAACUGGUGCAGCUCAUCGAAGACUACAGCCUAGUCUCCUUCAUCCCUCUCAAUAUCCAGGAUAAGGAGAGUAUCCAGCGGGUGCUGCAGGCUGUGGACAAAGCCAACGGCUACUGCUUUGGGGUCCAGGAGCAGCGGAGCCUGGAGGCCAUGAUGUCUGCCGCCAUGGGAGCUGACUUCCACUUCUCCUCCACCCUGGGCCUCCAGGAGAAGUACCUGGAGCCCUCAGAGCAGUCAGUGGAGCAGGAGGCCAUGCAGCUAUAG